UUUGUAUGCAUGGCGCAGAAGCUUUUCAUAUAGGUACUGCUACAGCAUGAUUCCCACGUUUGUUGUGUGCAUCCUUCUUCAGGCGCUCUUCGAAGCUGAUCCGACCUUCAUUACUGGCCGUAAUCUAUACCUUCGUUUUUUGUUUUUCUAUUGAACCAGCCGUGAUGAUUAGCCGCUCGUUUUUGACACUCUUUUCCCUUGGCCUGAUUGCCUCGGCAUCAGGCCGCACACUCUCUCAACGGGGCGACGAUCCGUUUGAGGGCAAAGUGAAGAAACACGACGCAAUCACACCCUUUGCGCAGGAGGCGGCAGACGGACUGCCUGGACAGCUUGAGCUGCAGUUCAAGCCCGCACUCGACAGCGUGCGGGGCUGUCUCCCAUAUCCCGCUGUCGACGCAGAGGGCUUUCACAGUGGUGGACUCAAACCAACUGGAGGUGAGGCCGAUGACUGCCGAGACCCCUCCAAGGGUCAGGUCUACUCAAGAGUGGGAUCCUCCAACGGUCGCAUGGCGGUGCUUUACGCGUGGUACUUGCCCAAGAUGAUGUCGUUGACCGUCGACAACCCUUCCUCCAGGCAUUGGUAUUUGAGCGCCGUAGUAUGGCUUCACACGGAGAAGUGCAAUGCCACCGCGGCCGACUUCACAGUCGCGGGCGUGAGCUAUUCGCUCGGGAAAGACAUGUACAGCAAAAGCUUCGAACAACCCACGCUCUUCGCGACAGACGCCGUCUCCAGCACACACCCCGUGGUGGGAUACCGAGGCCAGUCAUCCGUUUUCCCGUCAUCCGAGAGCGUCGCUGAUGGCCUCGACAUGCCCCUAAUAAGCUGGAACAAGCUGCCGCAACCAGCCGUGGAUCAGUUCAACGGCUUCGUGUACGAGCUCGCGCGGUGCCCGUUCCAAGAUGCCAACUUCCAGGCUUCUCUGGACGCUGCUUUCAGCGCCGACUUUUACCUCAACCUGGAGGCCGAGCCUGAUGCUGCCACGUGUGUCGCGAACCCUGCAAUCAAGGCCGCCCGCGCCCUUGGAGACAAGGAACCUGUCGUCAACGGCCCCAACAUCGACAUUCACAAUCCGCCUGCCGAUCCGGUUUUCGCGCCAACUCGGCCCCGACCAACCACUCCAACACGAAAGCCAGCGAAGGCCCGACCCGGGCGCAUAAGGCCAGGCAAGCCCUGGAAGUCACGCAAGCCCUGGAAGCCAGUCAAGCCCUGGAAGGCUAGAAGGGGACUUACCCGUGACGUUGAGGAUGGUGAUGACUUCGCUUUCGAUGACGCCGAAGUUGACGUCGCUCCGUCAUUCCCAAUCCCUACCAACCCAACCGUGGCAUGAAUGAGUUAACGAGGCCAGGCAAACGUAUUGCUAGCCAUUCAGUCAAUAAAUCAUAAUGAACUUUUUACAAUUUAAUAAACAUCAGAAGCUCAACGCUUAAUAUCAUUCAAAGAAGUGCCAGAACUGAAGUUUCAAGCAACACUUUACGCUUUGUCUAUCUCGUGGAUAGAUCACAUUUGUCAGGUACAUGAGAUGUUGGGUCGGAACCAAAAAUGAACAAACAACAAGGCAAUAAAAUAAAUGAAACAAAGCAAGAAAUUAUAUCAACAG